AUGGCUCUCUUCGAGCAAGCCUCGUCCGCCGGUGGCGUGUGGGCCAAGCACCGUCUCUACCCGGGACUGAGGAGCAACAACAUGCUCGGCACCUACGAGUACCCCGACUUCCCCAUGGACCCCGAGACUUUCGGCGUCUUGCCCGGACAGCACAUUCCCGGUCAGGUUCUGCACCAUUACUUGACUGAGUACGCCAAGACGUUCGGCGUCUUGGACAAGAUCCGCUUUAACCACAAGCUCCUUUCGGCAGAGCAGCAGCCCGACGGCGGCUGGAUCCUGACCCUCCUCGACGGUAGGGACGGCAGCGAGACCCGCGUACUGGCCAAGAAGCUGGUCGUCGCAACCGGUCUCACGUCCGAGGCCUUCCUGCCCGACUUUGCUGGCCAGGACACGUUCGGUGCCCCCCUAUUCCACGGGAAGGACUUCCUCCGGCAUGCCGACACCCUCGACUCGGCCAAGGCGGUGACGGUCUUCGGCGGCACCAAGUCGGCAUGGGACAUCGUCUACGCGUAUGCCACCAAGGGUAUCAAGGUUCACUGGGUCAUCAGAGAGUCGGGACACGGGCCCAUAUGGAUUGCCCCGCCAUACGUCACGCCCUUGAACAAGUGGCUCGAGAAGCUCGCCCACACCCGAGCCCUCACCUGGUUCAGCCCCUGCUCGUGGGGCGACGCCGACGGGUACAUCAAGACGAGGAACUUUUACCACGGCACGGCCAUCGGCCGUGCCGUCACAAACAAAUUCUGGAGCGUCCUCGGCAACGACGUCAUUACCUUGAACAAGUUCGACUCGCACCCGGAGCUGAAGAAGCUCAAGCCGUGGAGCGAGGCCAUUUUCACGGGGUCCAGCUUCUCCAUCCUUAAUUACGAAACAGACUUCUUCGACCUCGUCCGUGAUGGGACGGUCGACGUCCACAUUGCCGACCUGGUGAGGCUGUCACCGAGCACGGUACAUCUCUCGGACGGAUCGUCUUUGCAGUCAGACGCCCUGUGCUGCGCCACCGGAUGGAAGCAGUUCCAGCCCAUCAAGUUCCUGCCAGAGGGCAUCGAAAAGGAGCUCGGCAUCCCCCACGCGCCCUCGCCCGAGAGCUUCCCUCCAGCCGAGAUGGUCGAAGCCAUCGACCAGGAGAUCUUUGACCGCUGGCCACGGCUCAAGGACCAGCCCGUCCAGAACAAGAACAUGAAACCUCUGGUAGAAAAUGAGGGCGUCUCGACCACCGAGUCCGUCAACCCGUACACGACUCUCACGCCCUACGCCCUUCAUCGCUUCGUAGUGCCACCGUCCUCCAAGCUUCUCGCGCAGCGUGAUAUCGCUUUUGCGGGCGUCUUGAUGAACUUCUCCGUGCCGAUGGUCGCCCACGUGCAGUCGCUCUGGAUCGACGCCUACUUCCACGACCAGAUCCCUGGUGUCCGCGAGGUAACGGUCGACCCCAAGGCGUUGCAGAAGUUGCGUUACGAGACUGCUCUGCACAGCCGGUUCGGCAAGUGGCGGUAUCCCGCCGGGCAUGGUGACAAGUUUCCCGAUUUCGUUUUCGAUGCUGUUCCGUAUAUAGACCAACUAGUGGGCGACUUGGGGUUGAAGGUGUACAGGAAGAAUGGUAUGGUCGCUGAGGCAUUGGAACCAUACGGCCCCGAGGACUACGCUACCUUGGUCGACGAGUGGGUGGGGAAGCAGGUCGCUCUCUAG